AUGUUAACUUUCAAUUCUUAUCAUGCGUUGGCUUUACGUUCUCUGUCGUCUAUGCUGACAAAGAAUAUUACAGCUAUAUACCGUAAAGCAUAUCAUCAGAACAAAAGAAGCGACCUUUCCGAUUUCAAGAAUUCUUAUAAAAAUAAUGUUAAGCAAAACAUUUACAAAGGUUCUUCCAUGCAACGAAAAGAUGAUUUUGACUAUUUAUAUGGUCUUUCGGUUGUAUUACCUGCACUUGAGCAAAAACGAAGAAAAUUCUAUCGAUUAUUUGUUCAAGAAGGAAUUCUAUUCCGUAGAAAAGAAAGUCGAAUUAUACCUGAAAAGAUAUUAUCAUUAGCAGAUGAAACAAAUAUUCCAAUUGUGAAAACGACUAAAGAUGAAUUGAAUAAAUUAUUAAAAGAUGAUAGACCACAUCAGGCAAGAUUAAAUCCUUUUUUAUUAACUUCAAAAAUUGAACCCAUAAAAAUUAAACAUCUUGGGAAACACUACAAUAAAACAUAUCAAGUCAUUAAACCAUUUAAUUCUUUAAUGACACUUAAUAUUCCACAAAAUGGAAUUCGGCCUUUUUGGCUCGCACUUGAUCAAGUCGUUGAUCCACAGGUUGGUCCAUUACAAUUGUUCAAUUUAAUUCAAAAAGUUAAAAACUCAAUGUCAUUCAUUCAUUUUUAUAGUGCUCCAUUAUCCGCGGUUACAACUAAAGCAAGUUCGGGUGCCCUUGAAAUCAUGGAUGUGUAUAAUGUUGAUAAUUUAACAAACUUUUUAAAUGAAUCAUCACAUAACGGUUGGAUUAUCUAUGGAGCGGUAUCAAAUGUUAAAAACAAUAAUAAUUCUAUAAAGAGCUCUAUAUCUAUAGGUGAAUUAAAAAAUCCUUCGUCACAAAACCCCAUAAUUCUAGUCAUUGGAAGCGAAGAUUCAUGUCAUUAUCAUUUGUAUAUACCAUCACCACACGUGAAUAAAUUAGAAUACAUUGACUCAUUGAAUGUUAAUGCUGCUACUGCAGUAUUAUUGCAGAGGUUUCUUGGAGACAAAGGCUGA